GUGUGUGCUCCUGCUGAGAGUAGGCUGGAAAAUAAUCCAAACAUGGAUUUAUUCAAUCCAGCUUCUGUAAAAAAUAUUACCUUCAUCCGACCUCCCUAUUUUAUUAUCAGAGGUUUCACUGACUUGCCUGAAAUAAGAUUUUACUACUAUUUUCUUUUUGUUGCCUACAUAUUUUUGGUCCAGGGAAAUACAGCUGUAAUGGCUUUAAUAUACCUGGAUCGUAAUCUAAGGACUCCGAAGUAUGUUGCCGUGUUUAAUCUUGCAUUUGUUGACCUGUUGGGGGGCACUGCUCUAGUACCAAAGGUGCUUGACAUAUUUUUGUUUAAUCACUAUUACAUCCCCUACAAUGACUGUCUAACAUUCUUUUUUUUCUGUUACAUUUGUCUUUCCAUGCAGGCUCUCAAUCUGGUUGCUCUUUGCUAUGAUAGACUAAUGGCUAUAAUGUUUCCUUUGCACUAUCAUGUGAACGUUACCCAUAAGAUUAUGUUUUCUUUGAUUGCUUUUUUCUGGUCAGUUGCUUUAUUAGCUGUUUGUAUUGCGAUUGGUUUUCUGACAACACUUUCAUUCUGUAAUUCUGUGGUUAUUAACAGCUUCUUUUGUGACCACGGUCAAAUGUACAGACUGGCGUGCAAUGAUAAUUUUCCAAGUUUUGUGAUUGCAAAUUUGCUUCCGGUUCUGUUUCUUUGGCUUCCUCUUUUGAUAAUAAUAUCCAGUUAUAUAUGUAUUGGUUAUGCAUUAGCUCGGGUUACCUCAGCUCAGGAAAGACUUAAGGCUCUAAAAACGUGUGUAGGUCAUCUUUCUUUAGUGGCAACAUUUUUUUUUCCUAUAAUAAUCACAUUUAUUAUGGGUCCUAGCAUACAUCCAAAUGCCAGGAUCAUUAACCUCUCUCUGACCUCAGCUAUUCCACCAGUGUUGAACCCAUUAAUUUAUGUUAUGCAUACACAAGAAAUGAAAUUAUCAAUCAAAAGUUUGAUAAAAAGAAGGAAUAAAUCUAAAAUUAUGAAUUAGUUUUUCAAAUGCCUAUUUUUUUAUAUCCAUACUAGAAAAUUAACUGUCUGGAAUAAUUUGUCAUACGUUUGGCUUUGUGACUCAGGAAGACUCAGUAGCCUUAGAAUUCUAACUUUUGUUUCAAUAAAUUAGGCCUGAAAUUAUUCUCCUCCUACUUGAUUUUCAGUUGAAUUCCUCCCUGUCUUUAAUGUCCAUAUAUGAUGGGAUCACUAAAGAAAUCACAGUUUGAGAGGGAUUUCAUGUUUAAAGUAACACGCAUGUUUGUUAAAUGUAAAACUGUUUUCUGUAAAGAAAAAUUCCAUUUAUGGUAACUCCCAUUCUAAAGUAAGUAUUCUAGCAUCAUAACCCUGUCUUUGUUUUCCUACAAAUGUAAGAGACCAUAAGAUGUCUACAAUUAUACAUAUAACAAUAAUGCACUCAAGU